AUGGGAUGCAAUAUGACUUGUGUCCAGCCUGAACAUUUAAGUGGGCCUGUAGACCUUGUUUAUGAAGACCAAAGACUGGCGCUUGACAGGAGACCAAGAGAUUACAAUGAGCUUUUUAAAGUUAUAAUGAAUUUUAUUUCUGAAGUAAAAACACCUCAAGAUGUCAUUUUGGAAUAUAGCGGACCUGAAGGAAUAAACUCAAUUAUCCAUGAUUUGUCACUACAAGAAGCAUAUAUACUGUCUGGUAAACAGAAAUUGGUGAUUGGAAUAAAGUUAUCGUUAGGCUGCCAAAGCAGGGUGAGCUCGCCUUUUCCAUCACCUAUGUAUUCGUAUUCAACGACGAUGAAAAAGUCUUACUAUUAG